GUUGAGACGUCCUCCAUUGAAUAUCUUCCCAUCUGCCCUCAUUUAAUUGCUUGCUCUCUUCUUUGGCCUCUCUUUAUAUUCCCCCUUUUUCCCCUCCUCAUUUUUCCUAUAGCUUUAACUUGAAAUUUUCUCAAAAACUUUCUUCCCAAAAAAAAAAAAAAGAGGGGGAAAUAUUUAAAAAAUAAAAUUAUAUGGAGACUAAAUCAGUAAGGCUAAAGUAUGUGAAGCUAGGUUACACUUACCUAGUGAACCAUUUUCUAAGCCUAAUUCUUGUACCCAUUAUGGCGGGUAUAGUCGUCGAGAUCCUUCGGGUCGGGCCCGAAGAGAUUAUAUCUCUCGUAAAAUCACUCAAUUUGGACAUGAUUCAUGUCAUGUUAUCAACUUUUUUCUUAGUAUUCGUCCUUACGGUUUAUUACAUGUCCAAACCUCGACCAGUUUACUUAGUGGACUACUCAACGUUUAGACCCCCGUAUAUAUUCCGGGUCCCAUUUGCAACCUUCAUGGAACAUAAUAGGCUCAACUUGAAGGACGACCCGAAGGCCGUCAAUUUUCAAACACGGAUCUUGGAGCGAUCCGGGUUAGGUGAAGAGACAUGUUUACCCCCGGCUAUUCAUUAUGUUAAUCCUAAGCCUACAAUGGAGGCAGCAAGAGGUGAAGCCGAGAUGGUAAUUUUUUCUAGUGUGGACGAUUUAUUGAAGAAAACCGGGGUUAAACCGAGAGAUAUCGAUAUUUUGAUCGUAAAUUGUAGCUUAUUUUCUCCAACUCCGUCGUUAUCCGCCAUGGUCGUCAACAAAUACAAGCUUAGGAGUAAUAUUAGGAGCUUUAACUUGUCCGGCAUGGGUUGUAGCUGCAGUCCUAUUUCCGUCGACUUAGCACGGGAUCUGUUGCAGGUUCAUCCGAACUCAAAUGCCUUGGUGAUUAGCACGGAGAUCAUAACUCCGAACUACUACCAAGGGAAGGAGCGAGCAAUGCUCCUUCCCAAUUGUCUUUUCCGCAUGGGUUGUGCAGCCAUCCUACUAUCCAACAAACGCAAGGAGAAAAAGAGGUCCAAAUAUCAACUGAUGCAUGUUGUCCGGACCCACAAGGGUGCGGAUGACAAAGCCUUUAAGUGUGUUUACCAGGAGGAAGAUCCCGAAGGCAAAGUUGGUAUCUCACUCCAAAAAGACCUAAUGGCAAUAGCCGGUGAGGCAUUAAAGUCCAACAUCACUACUUUAGGGCCAAUAGUCCUACCAGCCUCGGAACAACUUCUAUUCUUAUUUUCUCUGAUCGGAAGGAAAAUCGUAAACCCGAAAUGGAAGCCUUACAUACCGGACUUUAAGCAAGCUUUCGAGCAUUUUUGUAUCCACGCCGGUGGUAGGGCCGUGAUUGACGAGCUUCAAAAGAGCCUCCAACUCUCGACCGAACAUGUAGAGGCUUCAAGGAUGACUUUACAUAGGUUUGGGAAUACUUCUUCAUCCUCACUUUGGUAUGAGCUUAGCUAUAUUGAGGCUCAAGGGAGAAUGAAAAAGGGUGACCGUAUUUGGCAAAUAGCUUUCGGAAGUGGUUUCAAAUGCAAUAGUGCUAUUUGGAAGUGUAACCGUACCAUUCAAACACCCACGGGUGGGUCUUGGGACGAUUGCAUUGACCGAUAUCCGGUUGAUAUACCCGAAAUUGUCAAGCUGUAGAUGGGUAAUUCAACACACAAAAACAGUUGUUUUUCUUUCAUGUCAUCACUAUAUUUAUUGUUACAUCAACUUAAUGUGGUUAAUUACUCUUAUUAUCAGCACAAAGGGGGGUAAUAGAACAUCCUUUUGGGAUAAUUUUAAUUUUUAGUUUAGUUGUCAUAAAUUAAGGUUUCUAAAGAAAUCAAUAGAUCAUAUUUCGUGUUACUUUUAGCUUCUCCAUGAUGUACUAGUACUAGUACUGUAUUUCACAAGGAAAAAUUAAACACUGUUAUAUUAUUAUCA